GCGCAGUCUGUAAGACAUCAGCGUGAAAUUGACAUUUACUGUGUUAUUGUUUAGCCGCAUCUAUAUUUUGAUAUUAAAAUCACUAUUUUAGGCUUUUUUGAAACACAAAAAUGAAAACUGACAAUGCUUCAUCAGGAGAGAAACCUAAAAUACCUUUACCAACGCUUUCGCAGAUUAAUGCAGACAUAAUUACACAGCUUGCUUCUCAGUACUGGUCACCACAAACUAAAGAAAACCACUUACCUUAUGAUGCCUCUAUUGUGGAAUCAAUUUAUCACACAGAAAUUCUUGGAUCCAAUUUCUCAGUACGACGUAUCAUGAUGCUGGAAUUCUCGCAGUAUCUAGAGAGUUACUUAUGGCCGUACUACGAGGCGGGCAAAGCGUCACAUUCUCAUAUGAUGUCUAUAAUCGUCAUGAUCAACGAGAAGUUCAGGGAGCGUGUACCAGCGUGGCAGGCGUUUUUAAAGAAACCAGAUCACUUCCCGGCAUUUUUUGAGCAAGUAUUACGUGCGAGUGUCGCGGAUGACCACUCGAGCCGGAACAUGCGGGAGCAGACCGCGCUUCUGCUGUUCCUGAAUCACUGCUUCGGGAGUAUGGAAGUGCAGCUGUGCAGAGACCAGGUCAAGCGGCUUGUCUCGCUGAGCAUGUGGAUCAGUCUUCAGGAAGGGCGUAGAAAUCAAGAAUUUAAAAUAGUACCAAAAUGGCGGAAGUAUUGGAAAGCAAUUCAGAAGAAAGAUAAGCCAGAGUUGUUAGAGAAAUUAAAUUGGGAACGCCGCUAUUUGCAAAAACUGAUGAUAAAAUUCAUGGGAAUUUUAGAGAGCAUACCCGAAACGGGAGAUGUGGAUCCAAAUGUUAUCAGAUACUGUGAGCGGUUUCUAGAACUGAUGAUAGAUUUAGAGGCGCUAUUGCCCACGCGUCGUUUCUUCAACACCGUUAUGGACGACUGCCAUUUAGUGGUGCGCUGUCAAUUGGCGUCUCUAUCUAGAAGACCAGAAGGGCAACUGUUCACGCAGCUUCUACAGAUGCUGAAAUUCUACGCCAACUUCGAGAUCAGUGAUGAAACUGGUGAUCCUAUGACAGAUCGUGAUAUGACACUAUUGCAUUAUUCAAGAAUAACAUCCUUACAGAAAGCGGCAUUCGCCAAGUUCCCCGAUUUGCGCUCGUUUGCCCUCGCAAAUGUUGCCAGUGUGGACACUAGGGAAUCCUUGCAGAAACACUUUGGAAAUUUAAGUGAUAAGGCACUACGUGCUAUUGCGACCUACCUGAACUUGGUACCAGCUGAAGGCAAAGAAGAUGAAGCACCAUGGCACCGGCUCGACAAAGGUUUCCUUCGGGAGCUAUUAAUUUCCCGCCACGAGCGGCGGAUAUCUCAAUUAGAAGAGUUGAACUCUAUGCCACUGUAUCCGACUGAAGACGUUAUAUGGGAUGAGAAUGUGGUGCCAACAGAAAUAUACAGUGGAGAGAACUGCCUUGCUCUCCCUAAACUGAAUCUACAGUUUCUCACUCUGCACGAUUAUCUUUUGAGGAAUUUCAAUCUUUUCAGACUGGAAAGUACAUACGAAAUCCGUCAAGAUAUUGAAGAUGCUGUUUACAGACUGGCGCCAUGGCGAGCAGAAGAUGGAAGCGUUUACUUCGGAGGGUGGGCGCGUAUGGCCCAUCCUAUCAAAAGCUUUGCAGUUGUUGAGGUCGCGAAACCCAAUAUUGGCGAGAAGGCACCUUCGAGAGUGCGAGCUGACGUGACAGUGACGCUUAGCGUGAAGAACGAGAUAAAACAUGAAUGGGAAAGUCUGAGGAAACAUGAUGUUUGUUUCUUGGUCACUGUGAGGCCCACUCAGGGUAUAGGUACUAAAUACGAUUAUAGACAAAGUAUGGUAGAACAAGCCGGCAUUGUGUACGUUCGAGGAUGUGAGGUUGAGGGAAUGUUGGACGCAGCCGGGAGGGUCAUCGAAGAAGGGCCUGAGCCGAGACCAGAACUCGACGGUGAUUCUAGAACAUUCCGGUUAUUACUAGAUCCAAACCAAUAUAGAUUAGAUUUAGAUCGUGCUAGUAAAGGAAAUGAGGAUGUAUACGAAACAUUCAACAUAGUUAUGCGACGAAAACCGAAAGAGAACAACUUCAAAGCUGUCCUUGAGACGAUCAGGGAGUUGAUGAACACGGAAUGUGUAGUGCCGGAGUGGCUCCAUGACAUAGUCCUGGGUUAUGGAGAUCCUGGACAAGCACACUAUACCAGGAUGCCCAACGAGAUCCCAACAUUGGACUUCAAUGACACCUUCCUGGAUAUGGAGCAUCUACGGAACAGUUUUCCUGGGUAUGAAAUCAAAGUGAAAACGGACGACCCACGCAAACUUGUUCGGCCGUACAAGUUAACAUUUGAGAACGUCGUACGCAAGAAGCAACUCGGCGACGACGCGAUGGACGAAGAUGACGAGCGCAAAGUGAUUGUAGUGGAACCACACGUGCAGCCCAAGAGGGGACCCUAUUUGUACAAUGAACCCAAAAAAAACAAUAUACUGUUUACACCGACGCAAGUGGAGGCGAUCCGUUCUGGAAUGCAACCAGGAUUGACUUUAGUGGUUGGACCACCGGGAACAGGUAAAACGGACGUUGCUGUACAAAUAAUAUCGAACUUAUACCACAACUUCCCAUGGCAGCGCACUCUGGUGGUCACCCACAGUAAUCAGGCACUUAAUCAACUGUUCGAGAAAGUCGCUGAACUCGAUGUGGACGAACGACAUUUGCUCCGUCUCGGACACGGUGAAGAAGCACUGCAAACAGAGAAAGACUUUUCUAGAUACGGCCGAGUGAACUAUGUCCUCGCGAAGAGGCUCGAGCUGCUCGAUAUGGUAGGUCGGCUGCAAAAGACGUUGGACGCGGGCGGUGAUGCUGGCGCCACCUGUGAACUGGCACAUCACUUCCAUGUCUACCACGUACGACCGAGGUGGACAGCUUUUCUGGAGAAAUGUGCGCAGGAUCAGACAAAAUCCACAGAAACCAUAAGUAAAGAAUUUCCUUUCCACGAGUUCUUUGAUGAUGCCCCGAAGCCACUGUUUCCGGGAAAAUCGUUUGAAAAUGAUAUGGAAAUAGCCAAAAGUUGUUACAGGUACAUCGACCACAUAUUUGAAGAAUUAGAAGAGUUUAGAGCAUUCGAAUUGCUGAGAUCGGGAUUGGAUCGCUCCAAAUACUUGUUAGUGAAGGAAGCCAAAAUUAUAGCUAUGACUUGUACGCAUGCUGCUUUAAAACGAUCUGAACUUGUACAAAUGGGUUUCAAAUACGACAACAUACUAAUGGAGGAAUCAGCACAAAUCUUGGAAAUCGAGACAUUCAUUCCGCUGCUCCUGCAAAAUCCACAAGACGGCCGUUCGAGGCUCAAGCGGUGGAUAAUGAUCGGGGAUCACCACCAACUGCCGCCGGUGGUGAAGAACAUGGCGUUCCAGAAGUACUGCAAUAUGGAACAGAGUCUCUUCACCAGGAUGGUGCGUUUGGGUGUGCCUUACGUGGAAUUGGACGCACAGGGUCGUGCUAGACCCAGCAUCUGCAACUUGUACCGAUGGCGGUAUCGAGCUCUGGGUGAUCUGGGCCACGUUUGCCGCUUGCCUGAGUAUCGCGCUGCCAACGCCGGCCUUCGGUACGACUUCCAGCUGAUCAACGUGGACGACUUCAACGGCGCCGGGGAAACGGAGCCCAGUCCUUACUUCUACCAGAAUCUAGCGGAAGCAGAGUACGUUGUGGCCGUGUUCAUGUACAUGCGGUUAGUGGGGUGGCCAGCGUCCCGUAUCUCCGUGCUCACUACCUACAACGGGCAGAAGCACCUCAUCCGUGACGUCAUCGAUAAGCGGUGCGCGGAGAACCCUCUUAUCGGCCGCCCGCAUAAGGUGACGACAGUGGACAAAUACCAAGGGCAGCAAAAUGAUAUCGCACUGGUAUCCCUGGUCCGGACUAAAGCGGUUGGUCACGUGCGAGAUCUCCGUCGGCUCAUAGUGGCCGCGUCCAGGGCCCGUCUUGGCCUCUACAUAUUUGCGAGGGCCAACCUCUUCAGGAACUGUUUUGAACUGCAACCGACUUUCAAUCAGCUGGUAGAGCGGCCACUAGAGUUGGAACUGGUACCAGGCGAACGUUACCCGGCGCAGCGAGCGGCAGCAGCGGCCGUGCCAGACCCGCUCGUGCUGCGCGUGACCGACAUGCCGCACAUGGCGCGCUACGUCUACGACAUGUACCUCGACAAAGUGCGAAACGCCAACAAACAGUUCGAGCGUUCAAAAGGAUCGUGGUCGGCCCCAGGAACGGAAUCUGCAGCGCGCUCCCAAGAACCAGAGCGGUUCGUACCCACACACCCUGGCGCUGCUCCCGACAGUGACGACGAAGACACCUUCAGACCCACCGAGAUUGUUAACGAAAUUGAGGAAUCACCAAAUCCUUAGAUGAAGUAUUUCAUAUAGUUUUAAUUCGUCAUUUUACCAACCAAAUGAUUAAACUCUCAUGCUAAUAUACUGUUUAUUUUAUUCUACACAUUUGCAGACUUUAUUUGAAUAAAUAAAUAAUUCAUUACGUAAAUAUUGCAUAGACUCUGUUGUAUUUUCGUAUUUAUUUUGCAAUAGCUGUAUUCCGUGGCUUUGCCUGUGUAAAUUUGAAUAAAAUUUCCCUUUUCUAAU